GGCUUGGUCAUCGAGCGCCUGGGACGGAGGUGCCUGCUCAUCGGCGGCUUCGGGCUGAUGACCCUCUUCUUUGGGAUCCUCACGGUCACGCUGACGCUGCAGGACCACGCCCCCUGGAUCCCUUACCUGAGCAUCGUCUGCAUCCUGGCCAUCAUUGCGUCCUUCUGCAGCGGCCCAGGCGGCAUCCCCUUUGUCCUGACUGGCGAGUUCUUCCAGCAGUCCCAGCGGCCGGCGGCCUUCAUCGUGGCAGGCACCGUCAACUGGCUCUCCAACUUCGCCGUGGGCCUCCUCUUCCCCUUCAUCCAGAAAAGCCUGGGCACCUACUGCUUCCUGGUCUUUGCCGCCAUCUGCUCCGCGGGUGCUCUCUACUUAUAUUUCGUCCUCCCUGAGACCAAAAACCGAACCCACGCCGAAAUCAGCCAGGCGUUUGCCAAAAGGAACAAGGCCUACCCACCAGCGGAGAAGACAGACUCAGCCGUCACUGACGACAAGGCCACGAACAGGCCAAAACCAGAGGCCUCCUCCACGCUGGACAAUUACAUCAAAAGUGGGAUUAUCUAAACCACGGGGGCGGGGGACAUUUUUUUCUGCCAAGAGCCAUUGGAUAUUUGUGACAUCAUCCUCAGGCCAUACAGAAUCACCCACUCAAAAAUCAGCCUGUUCCAUUUGUCCGAACCUUUCAUUAACUCACCCUAAUGCCUUGGCAGGGCCAGGCCACAUGGUUCCUAGGGUUUUAACAGCCUCCGGGCCGGUCGGUCCCCACCCCAGUCAUCACGGGUGGUCUCACCAUUUCAGAAAACCGAAGAUCCCCCUACACGUUGAACAUUAGUAAGUAUUUAAAAAUGAGACUUUGCUCACUUAAUACUGCAACCAUUUGGGUGUCAUGCAUGGCUGAGUCCCCCAAACUCUUCUGGAAGCUGGAAACAACCACCCUGUGUGUUAGCAGACCCAACAUUCUCCUAGACGGGUCCACGCCUGCCUUCUUCAUGUCUGAGCCCAUGGUUCCGAGGUGAAAUCGGGGAGGGAGCCCCCCAGUGGUUUCUGGAAGGAACAGAGUCCCUGCUCUACCUGCCGUAGCUGUGAGCUGCCCCCAGUGGGAUCCUGAGUCCCCAGUGCACCUGGGCUUGGGUCCUGGGUGCAGAUGUCCAGAACUCGGGUGAAGGACUUUUCAGACCGCCUGGCAAAUGCCUGGCUCCCAUCUCUGGCUCUGUCCUGUGGAUCUCCGGCUCAGGGGAGCCUGGUGCCAACCCCUCCCUCUGCUCUGCCUUUCCUGGCUCUGUCCCAUGGGGCUCAAGGCCUCCAGCCCUGAAGCACCGUCACCUCCGAGCACCAGACAUGUCACAGCGAACAGAGAGAGGACCCAGAUAUGGGAGACCCAGAGAGGCCGACGCAAGAAGUAGCGUUUCAGGAGGUGGGGCAGGCCCUGCAAAUCGAACGCUUUUCCGUCGGAGCCGUCAAACAAGGUUAAGGAUGACUCUGAGGCUGCACACAGGCGUGGAGGGAAGGACGGGUGAUUGCCUGGUGCUGUCUGCCCCAAGGGUGCUUUGUGGUUGCAGAUCCCGGAAGAGAUUUCGCUGGAAGACAGCGUGUCAGUCAGGGCUCCCCAGAGGCACAGAAGUAUACACACAGGCGCACCCCGGAGAGUCUGCAGGCUCGGUUCCAGGCCACCACAGGAAAGCAAGUCUCACAAUGAAUGAGUCACACAAAUAUGUGGUUUCCUGGUGCAUCUAAACGUUGUUUUUACACUCUGUUGUAGUCUAUCUUGUGUGCAAUUGCAUUAUGUCUGAAGUAUGUACAUACUUUAAUUAAAAGUUAUUUAU